AAGUGAAAUCAAUAAAUGAUGUUUUUCUUAUUAACAAUUUUUGAAUGAUAUAUGUAUAUUGAUAGCAAUGGGUCCAGUGAAAGAACUUCGUUUGCACGUACGUGAUGUCGUUUUGAUGUUUUGUACGUCGUGAGUUUCCGCCACAUGUGAUCAAGCCGCCAUAUUGAAUUAAAAAUCGGAGAGAAAGGAAGCGCACUCGUAAAGACAUUUUCCACCCUUUACACUCCUCUCUCCACUAUCAGACAUCAUAAACACACACCAUGGUCGGACAAGCUGUACGAAAGAGUGCUGCAGCUGAUUUUGAGGUGAAGAAGGAGAAUGAGCGACGUAGCAUUGGAAGCAAUGGUAAAAAUGACCGAGACACAAAUCCUUCCCCACGCGAUGAAAAUAAAACUGGCCGAAAUGACCGUCCAUCUGACAAUAGACGAGACGAUAGAAACAGGGAUACACAGAAAGACAGACGAGACGAUAGGGACCGUGAUAAUAGGCGAGAUAGGGACAGAACUUCAACUACAAAAGAAGACACAAAUUCCAAAACAGAAACAAAGGAAGGUGAAAAAGUUGAGAAAAAGUUCACUGGAAGAUGUAGGUUAUUUGUGGGGAAUCUUACUUCAGAUAUAACUGAACGUGAAUUCAGAGAUCUCUUCAAACCGUUCGGUGAAUGCUCGGAACCUUAUCUCAAUCAAGCAAGGGGUUUUGGUUUCAUCAAACUGGAUACCCGACAACAUGCUGAAGCUGCAAAACAUGCCCUCGAUGGAACAGCCCGGAAACUUAAAAUCCUCAGAGUAAGAUUCGCAACACAUGGAGCAGCACUAAAAGUAAAAAAUCUAUCACAAUGCGUAUCAAAUGAACUCUUAGAGAAAGCUUUCUCCCAGUUUGGAGAAGUGGAAAGAGCUAUUGUAAUUGUUGAUGACCGAGGUAGAUCUACGGGUGAAGGAAUUGUGGAGUUUGCCAGGAAACCAGGUGCAUCUCAGGCUUUGAGUAGAAUCAGUGAAGGAGUCUUCUUGCUCACAACUUCGCCCAGGCCUGUGGUUGUUGAGCCUCUGGAACAGAAGGAUGAAGAAGAUGGUUUACCAGAGAGAUACAUGCAGAAAAACCAGAAUUUCCAAAAAGAGCGAGAAGAACCCCCUCGGUUUGCAUCUAUUGGAUCAUUUGAGUUUGAGUUUGCCCAGAGAUGGAAGCAGCUCCAUGUGAUGAAGAAAGAACAGGAAGAGAACCUUCAGAAACAGGUCAACGAGGCCAUUGAGAAACUAGAGAUGGACAUGGAGAAUGCUAUUCAUGAACAGAAAGCACAUCUAUUGAGACAAGAUCUGAUGAGAAGACAGGAAGAGCUUCGUCGUUUGGAAGAGAUGCGUCAAGAACAACAAAUGAGACGUCAAAAUGAUGAGUUACGACGCAAUGAAGAACGUAGACGCCAAGAAGAAAUGAUGCGACAGCAACAGGAAGAGAUGCGCCAGCGCAGAGGUGGAAAUAUGGAUUCCAUGGGUAUGGGCAUGGGAGGAGGAAUGAAUAUGAGAGGAGGAAAUAAUCGUCAACGUGAGGAAGAAAUGUUGCGCCAACAGCAAGAGGAGAUUAUGCAUCGUCGCCAAAUGGAGAUGGGUGGUGGUAACAAUAUGGGUGGCAACAGACAAGAUGACAUCAUGAUGCAGGUAGGAAGAAGAUCAAAUAUGGAGCAAGAAAAAGCCAUGCGAGAGAUGCAGGGAGGUCGCGGUGGAGGUCGGGGUGGUGGUGGAGCACCCCCCAUGCAGCCACCUCCCCAACCCCCAGCCUCACUUAGGGGUGGAGUACAGGGAGCUGGUGGGAUGCAAGGUGGCCAACAAGGUUAUGGCGGAGGAAUGGGAAGUCAAGGCCAGAUGGGCAUGAUGGGAGGUGGCGGAAGCCAACAGUCAGGGAGCAGUGGAAACCCUGCCAGACAAUCCCGCUUUGACCAACCCGCACCAAGUAUGGGUGGUAGUGGUAACCGUGGUAGCGGUGGCAAUUUCAACCAAUAUGGCAACCAAGGAGGUUCUGGAAUGAAUAUGGGGGGUUCUAAUACCAAAUAUGGUAAUCAGGGUAUGGGUAUGGGAGGAGGUAACAUGGGAGGGGGUAGAGAUGGACAGGGUAUGGGUGGAAACAUGGGAGGUGGUGGCUCAGGGGGUAUGCAAAGGGGAGGAGGCAAUGGGAUGGACCAACGAGGAGAUAGGAUGAUGGAUCGCCGUGACAACAGAAGUGGUGGUGGUGAUGGAUAUGAUGGUUAUGAUCAGAAACGACAGAGGAGGUUUUAGACCAGAAUGCAACAGUGGAACAAACAUUUAAUGUGUAAUAGUAGAGAGAAAGUGUAAAUGUCAAAACAUAUUUUACUUAAAUGACAGUUUUAGAAAACAGAACUUCUAAUCUAUCAAACUCUCAAAAUGAGAAGAAAGUUCUUAAGAAAGAUUAUGUCUUGUUUAUAUUUUAUCACAAGGGAACAUUGUAGUUUGUACAUUUGUAAUAUAAAGAAGUAAUUUACCCCGAAAGUCAAAUCAUGGACAACUUAGCAAAAUGAACAUAAUGUCCCAGCCAAUUUAACAUUGUACAUAGAUUUUAGUCUGAAUUCAGUUAAACUAAUAUAAUUGAUUGCAUUAUGACUAUUUAUUUGCGAUUAUAAAUGCAAUUUGUUUUAGAUUUUGAUCAUGUAGCAAACAACUAUUCAGUUUGAGAAUUAUAUCUGUAAAUAAUAUAUAUACAUAUUUUGUGGUAAAUUGUACGUUAAAUAAAUGUCGUAAAUAAUAUUUUAAUUCAUGUUUCACAUUUUUUACUGACACCAGUAAAUGGUCAGAUCUGUAUCUGGAUUGACCACUGGGAUAUAAAAGUUGUACUAGAGAGGCAUAGGAAUAAUACAUGGGGACAUCUGCACAUCACAGCAAAUCAGAUGCAGUUUUGAUUUAUGAAGAAAUGAGAUGAAUAUUGUCAGUCAGUAUGGGGUUGGGAAGAAAAAACUGGGUAGGUAUGUGAGAAAAGAAAGCUGUUGGAACCCUUUGAAAAUUACAUAGUGGUUCGAGUUAUUUAAUGUCAAGCAUUAGACAAUUCUACAUAUUUGUAUGUUGUGAAAAUGAUGUUUUGUACUAAUUGAGAUUAUUAUGAUUCAGUUAAGUAUUUGCAUGAUAAUUUGUAAGUACCUUAUGACCUAUAGGCAAAGUCAGAGAGCUAAUGUCUGUUAUUGUGAUCCUAUAUUGCCCCGAUGUAUUCAUCAGGAUAUGUAACUUGUACCUUUACCUUGGAACCAAUCGUGCUACUGACUAAUGAAUGUUUAUACCAAAGAUUUUUGAUGGCGCAAGUUACACAUGACUAUGAUUAAAGACACUUUGGGGUUAUUAAUGAUCUGAAUUACCCAUGCUGUGGGCAAUAUAGUAAACUUGAUAAUGCUCUUUGGACAAAGUAAUUAAAUUAAUAUAGACUGUUGGCGGUUGGGACUAUAUAGACAUAUAUAAGCUGAAACUGAAGCUGACUUUUUAGAUUGCUAACAGCAUUGGGCUAACAGCAUUAGAGGAUGUCUUCCAGUAUGAGGAAUGUUAUUAAAUCAUGAAAAUUGUCAACUUUUGAUCACCAAACUUGUUAUUUUCGCCAUUCUCGGGUGUGACGUCACAGUACAACACAAUACAUAGAUUCCCAGAUGAAUGAAUAGAUGUACACCCGUUCAUGUAUAGAGAAUUAGAGUGUGGUUAUGCUAUGCUUCAUUCCGAUUGGU